GACCAUUUCCUUAAUUUUGGUCUUAUAAUACCAAUGGCCAACCAAACCCAAAACCACUCCCAUAGCCAUAAUUCUCUUACAAAAUCAUCAUGAAUAACACCACCACCAUCUCCGAUCCAAAUUCCGGCACCGACGGCUUCCUCGGAUCGGGUCAUAUCGGAGGAUUUGGGUACGGAAUCGGUGUCUCAGUAGGUAUUCUUCUUUUAAUUACAACUAUAACCCUCACAUCAUAUUUUUGUACUCGAAAUCAAACAUUAGAGUUACCACCACCAAGAAGAAGGCAUAGAAUUAAUCGAGGUACGCUACAACAUGAUCAUAAUCAUGAUGGUCAAGACAACAACAACAACAAUUGUAUAAUUGAUAUUAUUGGGAUCGACGAGACAACUCUUUUAAGUUAUCCUAAGUUGUUGUACUCUGAAGCUAAGGUAAAUCAUAAGGACACAACAGCUAGUUGUUGUUCAAUAUGUUUAGCUGAUUAUAAGAAUAAAGAUAUGUUGAGAUUAUUGCCACAUUGUGAACAUUUGUUUCAUUUGAAAUGUGUGGAUCCUUGGCUUAUGUUGAAUCCAAGUUGUCCUGUUUGUAGAACAUCUCCUUUGCCAACACCACAAUCUACUCCUUUAGCUGAGGUUGUUCCUUUGGCAACUAGACCUUUGGGAUGAAUUCAAUGGCGCCCGACUAAUUUAAAUUCAUACAACAUAUGUCUCGUUAAGGAGAAACGUACGCUUCUUGUUGGAGAUUUAAUUUCUUCAUAGGUAAUGAAUGACAUUAGUUUCUUGAUCUUUUGGGAUGACUAACUCGACUAAUUCAGAUUCGCAUGGUCAAGGAGAAACGUACGCUCCCAUGUCUUCAUUGGUAAUUAAUGACAUUAUUUUCUUGAUCUUGUUUAUUUUUCUUAUAAAAUUCCUGUGUAAACUGUAGAUUAAUUAGUUCUUCUUCUUCACUUGUUUAUUUUUCUUAUAAAAUCCCUGUGUAAACUGUAGAUUAAUUAGUUCUUCUUCUUCACUUUUUUUUUUGUUUUU